AUGGCCACCUCACGAACGUCAGCCGCUCGUCGGUUGCUAUCCCUCUCAGUACAACAAACCCGAUGCUACUCGGCUCCCACCGACGGCGCAAUCCCACCCAACAAGGCCAAAUAUGUCCCUACCGAAGGAACCUACCCCAAGGGCUUCGUUGUCGGCAGUGCACACGCCCAGGUCAAGGCCUCAAACACAAAGUUCGACGAUCUCGCCCUGAUCGCUUCCGAGGUCCCCUGCUCCGCUGCCCUCGUCACCACCCAGAACCAUUUCCAGGCGGCUCCCGUGAGCGUUAGCAAGAAGAUCAUGUUCCAACACCAGAGCAAGAGCAUCAGAGGUGUCGUUAUCAACUCCGGUUGCGCCAAUGCUGUCACCGGAAAAGGUGGACGUGAAGACGCUGUCCGUAUGGCCAAGCUCACUCACGACCUUCUGAACAAGCGAAACCCGACAGAGGAUGACCAAGACGUAUCCAGCAUCCGUACUCUGGUCAUGAGCACUGGUGUCAUUGGCCAGCGUCUCCCCAUCGACCGCAUCGAAGCAAAGAUUCCUACUCUCGUCGAGUCCCUAGGCAACACACACGACCACUGGCUCCGAUCAGCCCGCGCUAUCUGCACCACCGAUACCUUUCCCAAGCUUCUUUCUCGCCAGUUCACUCUCCCCUCGUACCCCGGCAUCACCUUCUCCCUUGCCGGCAUGACCAAGGGAGCCGGUAUGAUCCACCCCAACAUGGCCACUCUUCUCGGUGUCAUCUGCACAGACGCUCCCAUCCAAAAGACUGCUCUGAAGGUCCUCCUCUCCACUGCUACAAACUCUUCCUUCAACCGCAUCACCGUUGAUGGCGACACAAGCACCAACGACAGUGUCGCUCUCUUCUCAAACGGCAUGGCGGCUCCCAAGAGCGAGCCGCUCGAAAGACAAUCAGAAGAUUACAAGGAGAUGAACAAAGUCUUGACAUCCUUCAUGGAGGAUCUGGCCAAACUUAUUGUCCGUGACGGCGAGGGAGCCACAAAGUUCGUCACCGUCAGAGUGACAAAGGCUGACAACUUCAACGCUGCCCACCUUGUCGCAAACUCGAUCGCUACAUCUGCUCUUGUAAAGACAGCCCUGUACGGCAAAGAUGCCAACUGGGGCCGCAUUCUCUGCGCCAUCGGUUACGCUCCUGGAAACACAUGCAUCCGUCCCCAACAGACCUCUGUUUCCUUUGUUCCUGCCGACGGCUCCGAGGAGCUCAAGUUGCUGGUCGACGGUGAGCCUCAAGCUGUCGAUGAAGCCCGUGCUGCGGCCAUCCUUGAGAUGGAGGACCUGGAGAUCCUCGUCAAGUUGAGCAACAGAGAGCAAGACGUUGCCGAGACGGCCGUCUACACCUGCGACUUUAGUCAUGAAUAUGUCACCAUCAACGGUGAUUACAGGACGUAG